AUGAAUAUCAAAACUCCAGAAACAAUCAAAGCUACUUAAUCAAAUUGUUCUAAUUCCACAAUUUUUUAAUUUACAGUUGAGAAAAUAGAUUUCAGCAAUCCAAAACAACUGUUAUUAUUUAAGUCACAAUUAGCUCAUUUAAUUAUUAAAAAAUGA